UCAGCAACAGAGGAAAGUCAGGUUACGUCAAGUGACGCUGAACUGGAUGUAUACAAUGACCCUUUAAGAGGUAAGAACACCGGGUGAAACAAGGUUUUUUUGAAAGACGCCCCAGUGAAGUUUUUGUCACAUUUACAUGAAAAGUUGCGUCUGCUCUGUAAAUAAGUUUUUGAAACAGCAAAAAGAUUGUUUCUUCAAAUCCAAACUCUGUUACCAGUAAAAUGAAAAACCAAAGGAAAAAACAAUUGAUUGCUCGAUCUGAUCAAGUAAAAUGCAUAGACAUUAUUAAUUAUUCAUAAGCAAGAAAACGACACAUUUGAAGGCGACUUCGCUUUGAAGAGCCCUAACUUAAAGAAGAAUCGGUCUAAAUUUGCCUACUAGGCCGUAAAACUCAGUAUUCUGAGUUUUAGAAGUGCUUACUUGUAAAUCAACGCAAAAUGUUUUGGAGAUUAACGAUGUAUCUAAAAUUUAGACCUAAAAUGAACGAUAUUUGCGCUGAAAAGGUACUAUCCUUUUUGCACUUGAAAGAGAGAGCUGUUAGUACCCUUAGACCCGUCUAAGUCGAGUUUUGAAAAAUUUGCAGACGGGUAACUUUUUGAGGCCGCCAAAAGGAAAGUAUUUACGCUAACACCCUUUGUCAUUUACCGUUCAAUACAUGUUUGGCAGGAAUUUUACGCAAUUUGAGAAUUCUACAUAGAGAAGAGGAGGCAUUUUGUCUCGGACGUAUCGCCUGUUUUGGUCCUCUAAAUAUUUCACGCCUCUUUAGACAGUAAUGUCAACACCAGACCCACGCUGUAAACCACUAGUCAACAAAAUUUAGAACCCCUGACUUUUAUAACAGGUUUUAACCUUUUCGGUCCUGGCUUUGCUCUGCUUUAUCUUUAACUCUCCUGAAGGGCGAUUGUAAAAGAAAUUGAGUUGAAAUAGGAUCUCCUGGUAAAACUUGUGAUAUUUUGGAAAACGUAAGCCAGGUGUAAAAGGGGUUUGUGAAAGCCUCUCGACCUAAAUGUAAACCGAACAGACUUGAUCUAGUAAUAGCCAAGCUACAGCCCAGACUCCCAACAGCUUAUACAUUUUACUUAAACAAACUGUACAGGUAUUAAACUUUUCUGUUUUUUUUUUUCAUUGCUUUAAGCUCCUUUAACCUAAAAGUUCGUUUGGAUAUAUAAAGUUGGUAUCAUCCGUCAAGGGUCGCUUCACUCAUUACCAAAUCAUUAACACUAAAACGUUGUGUUUUCAGAAAUAGCGAAAGUAUGUGUGGAGAAAGGAAACAAAGAAUACAGACAAGGAGAAGCUAAUAACGCAAUAAACUCCUACACGGAAGGACUUAAAGUGAACUGCAAGGAUAAACGACUCAACGCCAAGCUUUACAGCAACAGGGCAACAGCUCAUUUCCGUUUGGGUAACAAUUUCAUAUCUAAAUAUAUAAAUCUCUCAUGCAGCGUUACAAGAUAACCAAGAUAACGGAAUACACAAUCUGCAUCAAGAGAAGAAAAAAAUCGAGCAACUGCAGAAAAGUAGCAUAAAAACAUAAAUCGCCCUGCAGCGGAUGAAAAUUAAGCAAAGAAACGAUCCGCGUUAUAUUUUAAGCAAUUGUAAUUUUUUAAGGCUUCUUUGUUGUAACUCCAUAUGAUUAUCACUUUUUUAAACCUUAUUUCCUUAAUCUCAUAGCAAACUACGUGGAAUGUCUCGAUGAUGCGACAGUUGCCGUUCAAUUGGAACCCUCUUUAAUCAAAGCUAUUAAAAAAGGUGGGCGUUGCAGACAUAAGCCAUCAACAUUAUAUUCUCUGAUUUCGUCAAAAGAGGAUUGUGUGGUUUGUGGCAGGUGACUGCACCCCAAGUGUCAAUUGUAUCUGGUGUGUCAAUAGCUGUUAGUGGGUAAAAAGCAGAAGAAAAUGUCAAUAAGCUCUCAAAUACCGCUGCCUGGUUAGUUCACAUUGAAGAGCGCCGGAGGUCGAGGGUUUAAGCCUCGACCGGACCAACACUCAGAGUCGUAAAAUAUCUGAGGAGAAUAUGCUGUCACCCAAGCUACGACAUCUGCAAAUGGUCUGAUAUUAUUGUCCCGGAUAUGAACGGAAGACCGUAAGCUCCGUUUCUUGCAUCUUCUCUGUGACUCUUAGCAGGGGACGUUAAAAUACCCGGCAAGGACGCACCUGAAAAAUUCCCUUUCGAAAAUUAAACUGCUCAAUGCAGUCUGCCCGAAAAUUUCCCCGAAAAGUGCUGAAAAGGGCAUAAGAGCACAUUAAAAUGAAGAAUGCGUGACAUAAAUUCAUCGCUAUCAUCAUCGGUUGAACCUUAAUCGGUAGCCACUUUGCAUUAGCUCUUUAUUGUUCCUUUUUAGUCCUUCUACAAGUUCAAAUUUCCUUUAUUAUCAAAAUCUUUGUUCCCAGCCAAAUGACAAAUUAAGUCCAUUUUAUCAAUACUUUUAUACCUUAACAGUGAUCAAUUACCUCGCACCACCAAUUAUUCUCUCCUUUUCAGGAGCCCGAGCUUGUGCCGAACUUUGCUGGUAUAAAGAUGCAAGGAGCUGGUUGCAUAUGGGAUUGACUGUAUCCUUUAACGAAUGUUUCAAACGUGAUACGAGAUGCAAUGCAACUAAUAUUUCAAGAAUAAUCAAUACGUUCCAGGCAUAUUCUUCUAUACAUAAUGCAAGCGAUGUUCUCUUAUACUGCAGUGAGCAGUUUAAAGAAGCUAAAAUAUUAUUAAGGAGUUCUCUCGAUUAUUCCACGAAAAUUUGCUUAAAAGAAGAGGCAAUAUUAAGUUAUUCCCAGAGUUUCUGUUGAAUACCCCUCAUAUUUCUCUGGAGACGAAUCACCACGACGAAUGAACCUAAACUAAUAUAUGCACUUCAGAGACAGUCCACACUCUCGAAUAACUUGAAAUCAAAUCUCUUCAAGAAACCCACGCUCGAAUUAUCAUUCCAAUUUGAAAGUUUUACCCAAUACUCUCAUUAUUUUUAAAACACAUUUCCAUUGCAUUUUUGCGAAUCCACUCAUAAUUUAGCAACCCUUGACACGUUUUAAGAUUGAAAACAAUAACGAAAGUCUGCUUCAAUUAAUGAGGAGAUCGAAUGCCGAACUAAAAGUCAAAGCAAACACUUAUGCCAGUCUCGGAUGUACUUACUAUAAUGUUGGGCAGUUCAACACAGCAAUCAUGUACCUUCAGCAAUGUCUAGAAAUUGCCAAAGAACUGGGAGACAAGGCCGGAGAGGGAACCAGUUAUGGCAAUCUCGGCAACGCUUAUCGAGGUCUAGGAGAGUUCAAAACAGCCAUCAAGUACCAUCAAAGUCAUCUAGAAAUUGCUAAAGAGGUGGGAGACAAGGCCGGAGAGGGAAGAAGUUAUGGCAAUCUCGGCAACGCUUAUCGAGGUCUAGGAGGGUUCAAAACAGCCAUCAAGUACCAUCAACGUCAUCUAGAAAUUGCUAAAGAGGUGGGAGACAAGGCCGGAGAGGGAACAAGUUAUGGCAAUCUCGGCAACGCUUAUCGAGGUCUAGGAGAGUUCAAAACAGCCAUCAAGUACCAUCAACGUCAUCUAGAAAUUGCUAAAGAAGUGGGAGACAAGGCCGGAGAGGGAAGAAGUUAUGGCAAUCUCGGCAACGCUUAUGAUGGUCUAGGAGAGUUCAAAACAGCCAUCAAGUACCAUCAACGUCAUCUAGAAAUUGCUAAAGAGGUGGGAGACAAGGCCGGAGAGGGAACCAGUUAUGGCAAUCACGGCAACGCUUAUCAAGGUCUAGGAGAGUUCAAAACAGCCAUCAAGUACCAUCAACGUCAUCUAGAAAUUGCUAAAGAGGUGGGAGACAAGGCCGGAGAGGGGACCAGUUAUGGCAAUCACGGCAACGCUUAUAACGGUCUAGGAGAGUUCAAAACAGCCAUCAAGUACCAUCAACGUCAUCUAGAAAUUGCUAAAGAGGUGGGAGACAAGGCCGGAGAGGGAAAAAGUUAUUGCCAUCUCGGCAACGCUUAUCGAGGUCUAGGAGAGUUCAAAACAGCCAUCAAGUACCAUCAACGUCAUCUAGAAAUUGCCAAAGAACUGGGAGACAAGGCCGGAGAGGGAACCAGUUAUGGAAAUCACGGCAACGCUUAUCGAGGUCUAGGAGAGUUCAAAACAGCCAUCAAGUACCAUCAACGUCAUCUAGAAAUUGCUAAAGAGGUGGGAGACAAGGCCGGAGAGGGAGCAAGUUAUGGCAAUCUCGGCAACGCUUAUCUAGGUCUAGGAGAGUUCAAAACAGCCAUCAAGUACCAUCAACGUCAUCUAGAAAUUGCUAAAGAGGUGGGAGACAAGGCCGGAGAGGGAGCAAGUUAUGGCAAUCUCGGCAACGCUUAUCUAGGUCUAGGAGAGUUCAAAACAGCCAUCAAGUACCAUCAAAGUCAUCUAGAAAUUGCUAAAGAGGUGGGAGACAAGGCCGGAGAGGGAGCAAGUUAUUGCAAUCUCGGAAACGCUUAUGACGGUCUAGGAGAGUUCAAAACAGCCAUCAAGUACCAUCAACGUCAUCAAGAAAUUGCUAAAGAGGUGGGAGACAAGGCCGGAGAGGGAAAAAGCUAUGGCAACCUCAGCAACGCUUAUCAAGGUCUAGGAGAGUUCAAAACAGCCAUCAAGUACCAUCAACGUCAUCUAGAAAUUGCUAAAGAAGUGGGAGACAAGGCCGGAGAGGGAGGAAGUUAUUGCAAUCUCGGCAACGCUUAUCGAGGUCUAGGAGAGUUCAAAACAGCCAUCAAGUACCAUCAACGUCAUCUAGAAAUUGCUAAAGAGGUGGGAGACAAGGCCGGAGAGGGAAAAAGCUAUGGCGGUCUCGGCAACGCUUAUUACGGUCUAGGAGAGUUCAAAACAGCCAUCAAGUACCAUCAACGUGAUCUAGAAAUUGCUAAAGAGGUGGGAGACAAGGCCGGAGAGGGAAGAAGUUAUUGCAAUCUCGGCAACGCUUAUCGAAGUCUAGGAGAGUUCAAAACAGCCAUCAAGUACCAUCAACGUCAUCUAGAAAUUGCUAAAGAGGUGGGAGACAAGGCCGGAGAGGGAAGAAGUUAUGGCAAUCUCGGCAACGCUUAUCGAGUUCUAGGAGAGUUCAAAACAGCCAUCAAGUACCAUCAACGUCAUCUAGAAAUUGCUAAAGAGGUGGGAGACAAGGCUGGAGAGGGAACAAGUUAUAGCAAUCUCGGCAACGCUUAUGGCAGUCUGGGAAAGUUCAAAACAGCUAUCGAGCACCAUCAACGUCAUCUAGAAAUUGCUAAAGAAGUGGGAGACAAGGCCGGAGAGGGAACAAGUUAUGGCAAUCUCGGCAUUGUUUAUUGCAGUCUAAGACAGUUUAAAACAGCUAUCGAGUACCAUCAACGUCAUCUAGAAAUUGCUAAAGAAGUGGGAGACAAGGCUGGAGAGGGAAUCAGUUAUUGCCUACUCGGCCGAAUUCAUUACCGUCAAAGAGAGUCGAAAAUGGCAAUCGAGUGUUAUCAACGUCACCUAGAAAUAUCCAAAGAAGUGGGAUAUAAGACUGGAGAGGCGUGCUCACUCUGUUCCCUUGGAAGUAGUUAUGAGCACCAAGGAAAUCUCAUGAGGGCCUUUGACUAUUAUUACUCCAGUGUAGAAUUGUAUGAUGAUAUCAGGGCCAGUCUUCAACUCAACGAUCAGUGGAAGAUUUGUUAUCGUAAUCAGCACCAAGUAGCAUACAAAGGUUUGUGGCGUAUAAAUCUCAAUCGAGGUCAAGUUGUGAAGGCUCUUCUUGCCACAGAGAAAGGACGUGCUCAAGCUCUGAGAGAUCUCAUGGUCACAAAAUAUCAGCCUAGAGAUUCUUUAACGCCCAGUGCAUUCCGCAUUUCUCUGAGGUGGGUUCCAAUGAGCACAGUUUUCAUAGCCAUUAAUGGACCAUGCGUUUACUUCUGGGUUUGCCUCGGUGAAAAUAAUAUCCAGAUGAGGGAAGUACACGUCAACGAUUAUAAGUUUGAGGAUGAAUUGCAAUUUUUCAUACAGCAACUGAACAAAACUGCUCUUGAGGAGAUCGGUGCAAAAGGUACUAUUACAAUCGAAAAUCCUCCGCUUGACUCGCUGACAGAAGAGGAAGUGGCCAAUGAUGUGAUUCGAGUUGAUGUGAGGCACUCCCAAUCAAGUGCUUUAAAGAAGCUGCAUGACAUCAUCGUUACUCCUAUUGCUGACCUGAUCGAAGGCAACGACGAGAUCACAUUCGUUCCUGAAGGGCCAUUUAGCCUUGUACCUUAUGCAGCGUUGCAGGACUCCAACUCAUCCUAUCUAAGUGGUUCUUUCAGAAUUCGUGUGCUUCCCUCUCUGACAACCUUGCAACUAAUUCAUGAUUGUCCAACUGACUUUCACACGAAGACUGGUGCAUUGCUUGUCGGCGACCCAUGUUUCAAACAUAUCAUCUAUGAGGGUAGACUUUUGGUGCAACUUCCAGGAGCAAGGAAAGAAGUAGAGAUGAUCGGACGUAUCCUCAAUGUUUCCCCUCUCACUGGCGAAAAGGCAACAAAAGAUGAAGUGUUAAAACGAAUAUCAUCAGUGGCGUUAGUUCACAUAGCAGCGCACGGUAAAAUGGAAACUGGAGAAGUUAUCCUGGCACCAAACACCAUAAGAGAUAACCCUCAUCCGCAAGAGAGAGACUAUCUACUGACGAUGAAAGAUGUCAUAGCAGCUGGGUUGCGAGCACGUCUGGUUGUACUUAGUUGCUGUUACACUGCUCGUGGGAAGGUCAUGGCCGAGGGUGUAGUCGGCAUGGCGCGUGCACUUUUGGGUGCCGGUGCCAGAUCUGUUGUGGCAACCUUGUGGGCGAUUGACGACGAGGGAACCCUGGAGUUCAUGACUUUCUUCUACGAUGCACUUGCCGAAGGCAAGAAGGCCAGUGAAGCUCUCAAUCAGGCCAUGAAGUGUAUGAGAGAAAUUGAAAAUUUCAAGGAGGUUUGGCACUGGGCACCAUUUGUACUAAUUGGUGACGACGUCAACCUGGAUUUCGACGACAUUUAG